UCUCACUCAUUCCCGGCGUUCCCUUCGUCCUCCCACUCGCUACCUCGAAGACUUCUUGUUCCUCCCACGAUGGAUUUUCAAUCGAUCCCCGGCCGACCAGUCCCUGGCGACUUACGCUCACAACAAGAAAGAGCUGCGAGGGAUUUCGCUCUUUUCUCCGAGGAAGCUUUGCCGGACCGCGCUAGCGUUGCACCCAAAACAACAGAUCAACGUGACAGAGUGUGGGCAAAAUGGGAAUUGUGGGCAAAGAAUGUUGUGGACAUCGACCCCAAUCAGACUUGGAUUGAUUUUUGCCUCCAUUGCAACACGGCUACUACCUACAUACGAAUGUUUCUCAAAGCCUACGUCGAAAACUCGUUUGAGCUCCGUGUUUGUCUGGGUCCAGAAGAGUAUGAAUGGGUGAGCAUGGUCACAACAGGGGUUGCGCUUAUGGAUGUAUGGAAAAGUCUCGUGGGGUCCGCCGAUAUGAAAGUGCUUCAGAAAAAGAGACAGGAGGAGCCACACAACCAAGCGCAGUGGAAGUUAGUCUUCCACGAAGGAAGGGGACAUACGAGCAAUCCGGCCUACAAGGUAUCCUUGUGGCUGAGAGAGAAGCUUGUUGACAUUAUGCAACUCAAGCGGGAGCAAACAUUCGAAAAGGUGCCUGCCACUGCCGAAGACAUAACACUUUAUCUAGAUGUCCUGUGGAGGCGUGCAAUGGACGUCAGGUGUUCCCCGAAGACGAGGAUAGCCUUUCAUGCCGUUUUGCUUCUCUCUAGCAUCGGAGGCUUUCGGCCCGGCACACUCAUGCAGAUGCCUUUCAGUCAGGUCCAGCUGGCCGUCGUUCGUGACCCGCUGGAUAAAAGCAGAACUCAACUCGUUGCAACGUUCACCAUCUAUCAGAAUAAGCAAGCGAGCAAGAAAAUUGGACGGAAACAAGAUGAUGUAGUAAAGAUAUCGAUCACAAUAGUUCCAUGGCCGCUCUUGUGUAUCGUCAGUCAAGUCAUCGUGGUGGCUCUUGAGAAGAACGCCUUUGAAACACCCUUCAGCUCGAUGGGCGAGAUCCUCUGUCGCCCUAUUAUGGAAGAUGUGGACUACGUCCCUCUGCGUUGGAAAAAAGAUAUGGAACAUCAGACGUUAUUUGAAAUAACAUACCCGGCCUUUUACGAGUUGUGGUACCAGGUACUCCUUGUAGCUGGUGUACGCGAGCCUCCACGGCCAUAUUCGAUGAGAGUAGGUGCAGGCGGCAGGCUACAUAAGUGUCUAGAGCCUCACUUAAGCAACUUCAUUCUUUCGCAUACCUCGGCCGUAUUUCAAGGAAGCUAUCAACCGGUUCAUGUGGCCGAAAACCUUCCUCGGGUAGCCUUUGCCAGGGUCCUCCAAGUCGACCAUCAAGAAAGAUUAUACGCUCUUCUGGCAAAUUCGAGCCUUCAUCGAGACGAGAACGCUCCAAUUUACCCUAAGAAAGAAGACAUCGAAUCAUGGGAACAACGUAGUGAUCUUCAAAACCUGAGGAUCGAGUACGAGACUGUACGAAGAAAAGCAAACGCCGACCGUCCAGAAGCCAAACGUAUAGCGGCCCGAAUUCAGUCCAUACGCGACAAGCUUGAGGAACUCACCAUCGAUCGAGAAAGAAGGACUUAUUUUGAAAGAGUUGACACGCUACGAGCCUCCGGAAUGCCGAUACCGGGAGAGUUAAGCCAGAGUUCUGAGUCACAUCGAAGGCGCUUCCAUGAGGCAAGCUCGGAAGGAGCCGCUGCGAUCGGCAAGUUCUUGUGUCAGAAGACUCCUUCCAAUGAGAGAACUAUCGACUUCGUUCAAAUGGGUCUUGCAUAUCUUGGCCAGAUUCCAGCAUCAGCUAAGACAGUAGCUGAUAGAUGCCUCACUACAAGCUCCGAGGCUGGGCCGAACGUUCGAUCUUCACCAGUCCCAGCCGAAUCGCCCCAAAGCGAUACAGAAGAAUGUGAGCAGACUUACAGGUGUAUGUUUGGUUGUGGCACAUACAAAAGCCGGCCAAACUUGACCAGGCAUACGCAGAAUAUUCACAUUGCAAAGGGACAUUUCGAACGGCCUUUUGAAUGCCCCGAAUGUGCUCGCUUAGGUCGAUCAUCUGAGCCCAUUGAUAGGCCCUCGGCAUGGAGCCAUCACGUCGAGAAGUAUCAUGGAGCCUCGAAUGCGCCAUACCUACCGACUUACCUAACACAUCUUAGAUUACGACAGAAAGUUCCAAAGCAACGAGGAAAGGCUGAGAGGUUGGCAUGUUUGCUUUGCGGCUUGGCUGUAUGCGUUGGUAACAGCUACUCACGGCACACGAAUCGAGCCCACAAACACACUGGACUUUUCAAUAAGACAUUUUCAUGCAUUAUUUGUCAACGCAAGGAAGGCAAGGAAUUCACUGUUGAUGGUUUUGAGUCCUGGACAAAGCAUGCAUGGGAUUAUCACGGACGAGACAGCCAGACAGGGAUUAAGCGGCCAUAAUAGCGGGUAGCAGAACCGUCGGUUGACAAGGGCGAGAAAUAUGGAACAGAAACUUUAGGCUUCUGAAUAGAACAUCCAAAGACCAAGAACCCCUAGCUAGCUCGUUAGGUCCCGAAGAGGUGACCAUGUCCAAGCUCAUCUUGGAAAGAUCCAAAUAGAAUUUGAUGACUCAGGUUCAGACAGACCAACCCCUUGCAAUCAUUAAAUUCUAAACCACUCA